UUUACGCCGUCGCGGCUAACCUCAAUCGUGUUUUUCUGUUUGACAGCUCGCGUGCACUGUUUACAUAGACUUGGUCGUGUUCGAAACGAAAAGUGCGGGGUAUUUUUUUUUAUUCAAAGUCGGUCGAAAUUGUAAAGCUAAGCGGAAACCGAAGGCGAAAUGGGCGGCAAACUUGUUUACAUGACCUGCUCGCUGAACCCGAACGAAAACGAAUCCGUGCUGCUGGCGGAGAUGGUCGAGCAAUGCCUCGUUCCGACGCUCAAGCAAAGCCCUGGGAACCGACCACCAAGGACAUGCAAAUCCCGGAAAACUCCAGCUCCCGAGGACUUAGUCAAGUUCAACCGAUUCAACCUCGAGCGCUGCAACCUCGCCCUCCUCUACCAACAAAACACCGGCAGAUUCUUCAUCGUCCUGUUUGAGAAGAAAAAGAAGCUGCUCUCGGAGGAUUUCCAUCAAAAACCGCCGUCGAAGGCCUGCGAAGCGGAACCACCCCAAAAGAAGCUAAAACGCUACCACCGCAACCCUCUCAACCUCCUCACUCGGUGCCGCGAAGACAAAAAGAAGAACAUUUACUGGCCCAGGAGGGACGACUUGAUCAAGCUGCUGUUUAAAAACGAUCCGGAGAAGCCGCCGGAAAUCGAAGGGCUGGGCGAGGAAGGAGUUGGAACUGUGCAGAUGUGUGUCGGAGUAUCGGCGGAUCCGUUUGCGGUGCGGAACUAUUAUCCUCCUCGUAGGCGAUUCUUGACGUGGGCCUGA